GUAAGCUAUGACUGGACGCUCCAGCUAAACUCUGCUCCUGCUGCAGCCUCUUCCACAGCCACAUGCACUUGCACUGGAAAGCUGAAGGCAAGACUGAGAAGCAGCAAAGACACACACAUACAAAACGAAAAGGAAAAAAAUGCCAUCACUCUGAAUGUGCAGUUCCCAAUUUAAUAUUAUAAACCUAAUAGGAUGGUGGCAUCAGGACAAGGUUGGAUGCUGCUAGAGACUCAGGCUGCUGUGUGUAUUGGGAGAGCACAGUGAAUGAACUGCAGCCUCUGUCUCUGCUGCCUGAGAGGACAAAUUGAACAUGAAAACGGUACGAAAAUGGUCCUACUUUACUGAUGAUCUCAUAUAAUUCUUGACUGCUGCAUGAAGGAUUAUCUUUUUUUGUUUUAUUUUGCAUCCAACUCUGGUUUUUAUGAAGAAAAUGAGAGUGAACAAGCAAGAAGGGGGAAAGUUCCAAAGAACCGCAAAAAAAUAGUAUGUGAAAAUAAAACUAGUUAUCAAGUACGUGACGUGGAAGGUGGACAUUAUACAUGGACUUGCCAUUGUGGAAAGGAGCAAACAUUUUAGAGCACAGGUAGCCUCAAAGAAUAAAAAAGAGACAGAAAAUAUUGUACAGUUUUUUUUAUUUUUUAUUUUAUUUUUUAUUUUAUAAAUUAUGGAAAUUUUGUUGAAGACGUUGACCUGGAUUUUGGGCCUUGUAAUGGCUUCAUCGGAAUUUCACAGGGACAACAGACUUUCCUAUAGUUCUCAAGAGGAAUUCCUGUCUUACCUUGAACACUACCAAUUGACAGUUCCAAUAAGGGUUGAUCGUAAUGGAGCCUUCGUAAGUUUUACUGUGAAGCAAGACAAACACUUGCGGAGGAGGAGAAGUACAGAUCCUAAAGACCAAGAACAGGAAGCGUCUAAAUUAUUUUUUAAACUAUCUGCCUACGGCAAGCACUUUCACCUAAACCUGACUUUGAAUACGGAUUUAGUCUCAAAACAUUUUACAGUGGAAUACUGGGGGAAAGAUGGACCUGAGUGGAAGCAUGAUUUAAUUAACAAUUGCCACUAUACAGGAUAUUUACAGGACCAAAAUACAACAACUAAGGUGGCUCUAAGCAACUGCAAUGGCUUGCAUGGCGUUAUCGCUACUGAAGAUGAGGAGUAUUUUAUUGAGCCUUUAGAAAACGUUACAGAAAAUUCCAAAAGCUUUAACUAUGAACGGGGUCACCCUCAUGUUAUUUACAGAAAAUCCGCUAUCCAUCAACGGCAUUCAAGUAACCUGGCACACUGUGGUGUAAAAGAAGACGUCACUGGAAACAACAAGCCUUGGUGGUUGAACCACACUCUUCCUACCUUAACUGCGUCAUCCACUAUUGAUGCAGACAAUAGUUCUCGCCGGCAGAGGAGGUCAGUCAGCACUGAGCGAUUUGUGGAGACGCUAGUAGUGGCUGACAAAAUGAUGGUUGGAUAUCAUGGCAGAAAAGACAUUGAACACUAUAUACUGAGCGUAAUGAAUAUUGUUGCCAAACUUUACCGUGAUUCCAGCCUAGGAAACGUUGUGAAUAUCAUUGUGACUCGUUUAAUUGUCCUUACAGAAGAUCAGCCAAACUUGGAGAUAAACCACCAUGCUGACAAGUCCCUUGAUAGCUUCUGUAAGUGGCAGAAAUCCAUUCUUUCCCAUCAGAGCGACGGAAACACCAUUCCUGAAAAUGGCAUAGCGCACCAUGAUAACGCUGUACUUAUUACCAGGUAUGACAUCUGCACAUACAAAAACAAGCCAUGUGGAACACUAGGGUUGGCCUCAGUGGCUGGAAUGUGUGAGCCAGAGAGGAGCUGCAGUAUUAAUGAAGACAUUGGCUUGGGUUCUGCAUUUACCAUUGCACAUGAGAUUGGUCACAAUUUUGGUAUGAACCAUGAUGGAAUUGGAAACUCAUGUGGGACAAAAGGUCACGAAGCUGCCAAACUAAUGGCCGCUCACAUUACAUCUAACACCAACCCUUUCUCUUGGUCUGCUUGUAGCAGGGAGUACAUUACCAGCUUUCUGGAUUCAGGCCGUGGUACUUGUCUAGAUAAUGAGCCUCCAAAGAGAGAUUUCCUUUACCCUGCAGUGACUCCAGGUCAGGUGUAUGACGCAGAUGAACAGUGUCGCUUUCAGUACGGAGCAACAUCACGCCAAUGUAAAUAUGGGGAAGUGUGUAGAGAGCUCUGGUGUCUCAGUAAAAGUAACCGCUGCGUUACCAACAGCAUUCCAGCGGCCGAAGGAACCCUCUGUCAGACUGGAAGCAUUGAGAAAGGGUGGUGCUUUCAGGGAGAUUGUGUGCCUUUUGGGACCUGGCCAAAGAGCAUAGAUGGGGACUGGGGACCAUGGUCUGUUUGGGGUGAAUGCACCAGGACCUGCGGUGGGGGCGUCUCUUCUUCCAUAAGACACUGUGACAGUCCAGCACCUUCAGGUGGAGGAAAAUAUUGCCUUGGAGAGCGAAAACGUUACCGUUCAUGCAAUACUGAUUCCUGUCCUUCAGGGUCCCGUGACUUCAGAGAAAAACAGUGUGCAGACUUUGAUAGCAUGCCUUUCCGCGGGAAGUAUUACAACUGGAAACCUUACACUGGAGGUGGUGUUAAAUCUUGUGCACUAAACUGUUUAGCUGAAGGCUAUAAUUUUUACACUGAACGAGCACCUGCAGUUAUUGAUGGAACUCGGUGUAAUGCUGACUCUUUGGAUAUCUGUAUCAAUGGAGAAUGCAAGCAUGUUGGUUGUGAUAAUAUUUUGGGCUCCGAUGCAAAGGAAGACAGAUGUCGGGUAUGUGGGGGAGAUGGGAGCACUUGUGAAGCUAUUGAAGGUUUCUUCAAUGAUUCAUUGCCUAGAGGAGGCUAUAUGGAAGUUGUUCAGAUUCCUCGAGGUUCAGUUCACAUUGAAAUUAAAGAAGUUGCCAUGUCUAAAAACUAUAUAGCUCUGAAAUCUGAAGGAGAUGACUACUUCAUUAAUGGUGCUUGGACAAUUGACUGGCCCAGGAAAUUUGAUGUAGCUGGCACAGCUUUCCAUUACAAGCGUCCAACAGAUGACCCAGAAUCACUGGAAGCAUUGGGGCCGACCACUGAAAGUCUCAUAGUGAUGAUUCUUCUUCAGGAACAAAACAUGGGGAUUAGAUAUAAAUUUAAUGUCCCCAUCACACGCACAGGUAGUGGAGACAAUGAAGUGGGAUUUUCCUGGCAUCACCUUCCUUGGUCUGAGUGCUCAGCAACUUGUGCUGGAGGCAUACAGAAGCAAGAAGUGGUAUGUAAAAGACUUGACGACAACUCGGUUGUACAAAACAAUUACUGUGAUCUGGAUAGUAAACCACCGGAAAACCAAAGAGCCUGCAACACGGAGCUAUGCCCACCAGAAUGGUUUAUAGGGGACUGGUCAGAAUGCAGUAAGACUUGUGAUGGGGGAAUGCGAACUCGCACUGUCCUGUGUAUUCGAAAGAUUGGACCUUCAGAAGAGGAAACCCUUGAUGAUGUUAGCUGUUUAACACACCGACCCAUAGAAAAAGAAUCUUGCAACAACCAGUCCUGUCCCCCUCAGUGGAUUGCUUUGGACUGGUCAGAAUGCACCCCAAAAUGUGGCCCUGGUUUUAAACAUCGUAUUGUUCAGUGUAAAAGUAGCGACCUGUCUAAAACAUUUCCUGCUGAGAGCUGCGCUGAAGGGAGCAAGCCACCUGUCCGCAUUAGGUGCAGCCUGGGGCGCUGUCCCCCUCCUCGCUGGGUAACUGGAGAAUGGGGACAGUGUUCUGCACAUUGUGGUCUGGGGCAGCAGAUGCGAACAGUGCAGUGUCUUUCCUUUACAGGACAAGCGUCAAAUGAUUGUCCAGAAAACGUUCGUCCCAAUUCUAUGCAGCAGUGUGAAAGCAAAUGUGACAGCACUCCUAUUUCAAACACAGAGGAGUGCAAAGAUGUGAACAAAGUGGCUUAUUGCCCAUUGGUGCUGAAGUUCAAGUUUUGCAGUCGAGCAUACUUCAGACAGAUGUGUUGUAAAACCUGCCAAGGACAUUGACCCACACCAAGCAGGAGAAAGAGACAGCUUUGUUAUUCCAUGGUGGAAAUGUGUCCGUUAAAGGAGAACCACACAGAGGAAUGAGACUGAUAACCUUGAAAAUGAAUAACCCUGUGUAAUAAACAUAACCACUGGUCAGUUUCAGCUGACAGGAUUUCAACAUUAUUUAACUUCUGUGAAGUGAUUUUUUUUUUAUUAUUCAAAGUGCUGGACACCAGAAAAAAAAGAGGAAAGCCAGAUUGGAAAACUUUAAACAACACAUACAAGUGAAGUGGAUUGUGGAAAGUGUGUGCUCUUCGGAGCGCAACAGUCGCCUUGCUUACCUCCUUCAACCAUUAAGAGAAAUUUUAUUGCGGGCCUAAAAAAAAAAUUGACACUGAAAUAAUUUCUAUUUAAAACUGUUUCUAAUGAAUCUAUUAUGACUUGGUCUACAAAAAGUGUCCGCUAAAACUUAUAAUAACUAUUUUAUCUCAAUUUACAGCACCACAAAUUAAGUUAUAAAACAAAUUUGCUUUGAAUUGUUAUUUAAAAAGCAAAUAUAAAACUGAAACGUU